AUGUCUGACGAACGUCGCCCGCGCUCGCGCUUCGAUAGCGAUGAGCCUGAGCCUCCCCUGCGCUCGCGCUUUGACACGGACCGUCGGUCGCGCUCGCCGUCGCGCCGUGAGUCCGAGUCGCAUCGUGAGCGUAGCCCCAUAACGCGCGAAGGCUCUACAGGUUCAAAGAGCCCCGCGGCGGCGGCAGUCAAGGCCAAGGCAGCGGCGGCGGCGGCGGCGGCUGCGAGGAUCAACGCGCAGAUAGCCGCGAAGAAGGGCAUUCAGCAUGUCGACGUGCCCCCGAUUCGCGCUGCCUGGGGGAUUGCGAGGAGAAGAAGAAAUGACGGUCAAGAACUCACAGCUAACUCCAAAUACCAGGUGCCCACUCCUCCAGCAGUCGCCAAGUCGCCCGCGCCCAACUCGGCUGGCCAGUUCAACGGCGGCGACGUAUACCAGCAGGAUGGUGACUACAUCAAGGACAUUGAAAUCAACGAUCUGCGUAAUCGCUACACACUGACCAAAGGAGCUACACAGAAGAGGAUCAAAGACGAGACUGGCGCCGAUGUCACUACUCGAGGCAAUUACUACCCUGACAAGAAGAUGGCCACCCCUGCUAGCCCGCCCUUAUAUCUACGCAUUACCAGCACCUCAAAAGAAGGUCUUGACAAGGCUAUUGCUAUGAUUGAAGAGAUGAUGAAGGAAGACCUCCCUAACCUGGUAGAUGAACGCCGCUUCCGUCGCCGGGAGCCCGAACAGCAGUUUGAGCGCGAUGAGUUUGGCCGACGCAAAUGGCCUGAGGAGAAGAUCCCUGUAGGUCUUGAGCCGAUAAGUAAUUUCAAUCUGCGAGCCCAAGUCGUUGGUCGUGGAGGAGAUAAUGUCAAGUACAUUCAACAGGAGACGGGCUGUAAGGUUCAAAUCAAAGGUCGAGGUUCUGGCUUCAUGGAACCUCAGAAUGGUCAGGAGAGCGAAGAACCCAUGUAUCUCCACAUUGCCGGACCUCGUCCCGAAGGGCUUGCUCACGCCAAACAGCUCUGCGAGGAACUGCUCGAGAAGAUCAAGGCGGACUAUCAGGCAUUUAAGGAUCGCCCACCGCCAUCAUCUCGCUAUGGCGACCGCGAGGGAGGUUACGGCGGCGGACGACCAGGCUACGGCGACCGAGGCGACCGCGGUGACCGUGGCGACCGUGACCGCAACUACAGCUAUGGCUACGGAGCCAACGGCGGUGGUGCAGGAGGUUACGCAGGCUACGGCCAAGCCGUUGCCCCAGCUGCAGACGCAACUAUGUCUCCCGCCGCCGCCGCCGCGCCAGCCGACGCAAAUGCCCAGGGGUUUGACUACAACGCCAUGCAAGCUUGGAUCGCCUACUACCAGCAGUAUCCAGACCAAGAUCCUUAUCGCGCUCAGGGAGGCUACGCCGCGUGGGUCUCUCAAAUGUACUAUCCUGGCUAUGCUGCUGGCUCCACACAGUCUCCUGCCCCUGCCCCUGGUGCUGCUGCUUCCGUUCCCCCGCCUCCACCUCCGCCAUCUGACCCGUAUGGUUCUUCUAUUCCUCCGCCCCCACCACCUCCAGCUCCAGCUGGCACUCCUGGUGGGUACAAUGCGCCCGCCUGCUCUUUCUACCUCGUCAUUGCCCUUUUUCUCCUCGACUUACUCGCCCUUGUCCUCUUCCGCAAGCAGGAUUUCAUCUCAUCUCAGCUCAGCUCAGCUUGA